GAAUUCAGGCAGUCGUCGAACUAAUCAAGCCUCACACAUAUAGUUACGCGUCAAUGCUUCUCAUGUACCUCCGCCAAAGCUGCGCCAAACUGCCCUUGUAGCUGCUGUGGUUGGUGCAUCGUGUAUCGCCAUCUCCUUGUGGUUGAUAUUAGGGUUGAACAAUAGAAGCAAUAGUCAAGAAAACAAGCAUCGCCGAACCCGUGCGUGAGCUAGCAUCGAGAAGUAUAUAAAGAACGUAGAUUACUUCUUCUGUACUUGAGCUGUGUACAUUCACUUGUCAUCUUUGUCUCCAGAAACUCAAGUCGUUUCUCAUACUUAUAUUCAUAACCUCACCAAACAUGCCCUUGCGUGUCUUGAUCAGUGGGGCGGGCAUCGCUGGACCUGUGUUGGCAUGGCAUCUGUCGAAAAUCGGCGCACGCGUCACCAUCGUGGAGAAGACCCGCUCUCCUCUACCCCAUGGACAGAACAUCGAUAUCAGUGGCAGUGCAAUCACAGUCGUCAAGAAGAUGGAGCUCUUGGAAGAAGUUCGACGUUGUAACACGACAGAAAAAGGUACACAGCUCAUCGACCCGCAAGGGCGCCCAUUCGCAUGCUUUCCCGUCAAAGAGGGGGCCAUCGCCAGUGCCACAUCCGAGUUCGAGAUUCUGCGAGGAGAUCUGGCGGCGAUACUGUACGAAGCUUCAAAAGAUCUUCCGGGGGUUGACUACAAAUUUUGGACUACAGUCGACAAAGUCAUCUCGAAUGAUGACGACUGUGUGAGGGUCAAAUUGAGCAAUGGAGAAGAGCAGGAAUUUGAUCUCGUGGUCGCAGCCGAUGGCCAGUGGUCGAAAGUGAGGAAGCAAUGUUUUACUCCAGAAGAUGUCACCGUAGUCGAUAAAGGCGCGUACGCCGCCUACUUCACCGUUCCGCGACUCCCUAGUGACAACGACUUGUGGAACAUCUACAUAGCUCUCAGGUCAAGGAUCAUCGGCAUACGACCCGAUCCCCACGGCACGUCUAGGGUGAUAUUCACUCUCAUGCCAUGCAACGACCGGCAAAAACAGGAGUGGCAGGAGGCGUCCAGGGGCGACAGAAAGACGCAAGAGGAGCUCAUGAGGCGGGAGUUUGCGGACGCAGGAUGGCAGGCGCACAGGUUUCUGGAUGCCAUGGGCCAAGCCCCAGACUUCUACUUCCAAGCUAUCCAGCAGAUCAAGAUGUCCAAGUGGUCCAACUCCCGUGUUGUCUGCUUGGGAGACGCGGCAUUUGCUCCGACACCGUUCACGGGGAUGGGCACUUCUCUGGCCAUCAUUGGAGCCCACAUUCUGGCAGGCGAACUGAGCAAGCUUGACGAUGGCGAACAUGUGUCCAAGGCGCUUGAGGCGUACGAAAAUACACUGCGUCCAUUUGUCGAAGAAAUCCAGCAGAUACCUGCAUUCAUACCAGGUAUUUUGCAUCCGGGGACAGCAUGGAAGAGAUGGCUGAUACAGUCUUUGAUAUCGACAAUGUCGAGAGUUGUGGCUCUUGCUACGGCGAUCCCAUGGGUGUCCCAAAGGUUCGCAGUGAGUGCCGAAGCGAACGACGACGGUUUCAAACUACCGCCAUUCCCGCGCUUUGACUGAACAGCAAUGAUGACCUGCCUCUGAAAUUAGUUCAUCUUGGUCGCUAGGAUUGAUUAGUAAUGUCAUCAUCUUUAGUCAUGUAUAAAGUUAGAUCAAUGAUAUGUUUCCCUCGAUGUUUGUAAG